AUGACCUGUGAUAUCUGUGCUACUCUUUCAAUCACUUCCCUUUCCAUCUGUUUGUAUUCAAGCCCCCACAAAAUGAAUAAGAGUGGGCGUGUUGAACCGACCCCGCCGGAGUGCGCGCUGGCCGCCGAGAUGUUCGACCACUUCUGUUCGGCGGGGACUAUGAAACAAAUCCUUGCAUUGCAUCGGGAAAUAUGCAAUACGCUCAACCUGAAGCCAAAUAGGCUUCCCGAUUUCUAUCCAAAACUAAAGGCAAAGUUAGCCAAGUCGUGGAAAGCCCAGGCUUUGUUCAAAAAAUUUGACCUACGUGCUAACCAUAAGGUGUAUGGCAAAGGUAAAUCAUGUGCGCAGACAAAAGUACUCAUAAUUGGUGCCGGUCCAUGUGGUCUCAGAGCGGCGAUUGAGUGUCAGCUUCUAGGUGCCAAAGUGGUGGUGAUCGAAAAGCGUGAUCGGAUUUCACGCAACAACGUCUUACACUUGUGGCCCUUUGUAAUCCAGGAUCUACGCGCGCUCGGUGCAAAAAAGUUUUUUGGAAAGUUUUGUGCUGGCUCCAUUGACCACAUUAGUAUACGUCAGUUGCAGUGUAUUUUAAUGAAGGUUGCUUUGCUACUGGGCGUUGAGUUACAUGAAGGUGUCAGCUUUGAAGAGCUUUUGGAGCCAACCAUCACAGAGAAUUCUGAAAGACUAGGUUGGAGAGCGCGCGUUUCUCCCAAUGAACAUCCAGUCAAACAGUACGAGUUUGAUGUGUUAGUGGGUGCAGAUGGAAAGCGAAAUACACUGCACGGUUUCAAGCGUAAAGAAUUUCGAGGAAAACUUGCAAUGGCUAUUACAGCUAACUUCAUCAAUAGGCACACAGAACAGGAAGCUUCGGUUCCAGAAAUUAGUGGAGUUGCCUUUAUAUUUAAUCAAAAAUUCUUCAAGGAAUUAUAUGAGGUGACUAGAAUUGAUCUUGAAAAUAUAGUCUACUACAAAGAUGACACUCAUUACUUCGUGAUGACGGCUAAGAAACACAGCCUUUUGGAUAAAGGAGUGUUGUUGAAUGACUAUGCUGAAGUGUCGCGGCUUCUGAGCGUUGAGAAUGUAGAUCGUGCUGCAUUGAUGCGUUAUGCGCAAGAGGCUGCACGAUUUUCAACUGAUGGCCGCUUACCGUUACGAGACUUCGCUCUGAACCACUACGGUGAACCCGAUGUCGCACUUUUCGACUUUACUUCUAUGUACGCGGCGGAAAACGCUAGUAUGGUGUACGAAAGACAGGGUCGAAAACUUUUAUGUCAACUUGUCGGCGAUAGUUUGCUAGAACCGUUCUGGCCGACAGGAUCAGGCUGCGCUCGUGGUUUUCUGUCAGCGUUAGACGCGGCAUGGGCCGUACGAGCAUGGGGACAAAGUCCCUCACCACAUCCAUUACAGGUCAUUGCUGAAAGGGAAUCUAUAUAUAGACUUUUGGCUCAAACUACUCCAGAAAAUUUGCAUCGUGACUUUGGUGCUUAUACAUUGGACCCUGGUACGCGGUACCCAAAUCUGAAUCGAACAGCUGUAACACCUCAUCGGGUCACCCCAUUCUAUGACUCUGAUGACCCGUUACCUUUGGAUGCUACAUCAGGAGUUAGAAAGCGACGGCGUGAUGCAGACAUCCCCGAAGAGGCACUUAUAUCAUGGGUAGGGUGUUCGGAGCCAGGCAUCCGAGCGGCUACUAGUGCAUCCGCCCUUACAGACCUUCUGCGACGCUACCGGCCUGACCUCAUACCACCUAACUCAUCACCAUUGGCUGUCUACCAUGUGCUACAGCAUGAAUUUGGAAUUACGCCAUUUACGACGAGCGGUCAGACACGUGACGUGCCUGUUGCUAAGUUGCGGUCCUAUUUAGCGCGAGUGUACAACGCCUUCAAGGGCGAGGUCCCCCACAUACAUCACCAAACCGACGUGUUCGAUCAGAUCAAAAGAAAUCAACAGAAAGAGAAGCAUGUUCGAAAUACGGCGGAGCAGCCAGUUUCUGUAUAUUCGAAUGUUGCUGAAAUCGAUAAAUCUACAUCGAGCUACAGAAAGAAACGUCGCUCUCUGCGCACUCCUCAAGUAAGUAGCGAUGCCUCUGAGUACAUAAGAAAAAAGAUCGGCAAGUUAGACCUUAAUGAUAUCACACAGCUAGCUCGCCUGAUAGAAGGCCAUGAUGCUAUUGUAAAAGAAGAUACGUCCACCGAUAAGCAAAAAGCCAUUCAGGAUGAAAUAUUAGCAUUAAUUGACCCCAAAGAUUCCCCAGAUCCGAAAAUAGUCCGAGAUACAUUGGAACAACUACUCCAAGGAAAGAUAAAAAUAAAGCCCAAAGAAUCGAAUGAGUCGAAUUUGGCACUUAGGUUUUUCGAAAAUAAAAAAGUUAAAUUGAAACGACGACCAUCAAAGCCAUCUCCGAAACUUAAAGGAUUGGAUAUCGCUUCCUUAGAGGCACCAGAUUCCUCGGACACAUUUCAUGACAAUUCCGCAGAUUCCAAAGAUACGGUGAUUCAAAUUAAUAAACCAAAGAAAAAUGAAAAGAAAAAUGAAUUUAUUCGGUCUUACUCAACAGAUGAAAAAAAGAAAGAGCAGUUCAUUAGUUCUACGUCCAUUGAUACUCGUAUUCCACAAGCCGAAGUUAUUGAUCCAAUCCGUAAAAGAUAUUCGCAAAGCCUCGAAGUGAUUUCGAUUGAGCGUUCUCGUUCCUCACCGUCUUUAGAAAAUUUACUAAACCGUGAAUCCCAUUCUAUGCGAUCAAGGUCGAUUGAAAACUUGCAGAAAAUAGCCGAUUUUUUUGAAGGGAAACGUCGUAGUACACCAAGCCCUGAACGUACAAAAAGGGUAGAAUCUAUUGGCAACUCUGAAAUGAAAUUGCGAAGACAGCGGAUAGCAGCUUUAUUUCGAGGUAAUAAACCACGGCAGAGCCCUGAAUUGACUCAGAGAAGAAAUUCGAGUGACAUGGGUUUUAGAGUGCAAAGGUUCUUAGAUAAGAUGCAGAAGAGAAAUGCCGAACCGAAGCGACCGAAGAUCGGGGGCAAGAGAAAAGCGGCCCGGGAGAUUAUGAAGCAGCGGUUCGAGAAAAGUUUGCAAAUGUUAGCGGCUGAGCGUCGUGUGGAAUUCGUUACAUCCGCAGACUUGCAGAACGACUAUAGUUUGCAGCAGUAUAGGGCCAACGCGCCUCAUUUCGACGAACGUGUAAAGAAACUGGAGAAACAAUUGCAACACAAUGAAGAGGGCCGGAUAGUAGGGGGUGGAAUCAAAGCAGUAGACGGAGGGGCUCGAGUGGCGCGACUUGCAGCUGAACUUUCGAACACCACUCCAACCACAGUACCACCGAAACCUUCCAAGCCCAAGGAUCUGAUUAGAUCAGUCGGCAAAAUCGAAAGAGAUGACUGGAACGUUAAAGAAAUCGAACGAAAGAUUUUGGAGAAUCGGCUCGGUAGGCCCGAACCGAAAGGCGCGGAGAAGGUGCCAAAGUGGGAUAGAGAACAAUUUCUUGGGCGUCAAAGGAGAUUGAAGGAAGGUCAACAGGCUGAAGAGAAGUGGGGUGAAAUCGAUGAUACUCUGCACAAACUUGACCAGAAGUUAAAAGACUCAGGUCGACCAGAUCAUGGCACUAAAAAGGUCGCUAACUUAGCUACAAAAUUUGUUAAAAGGGAAGAAACUGACACCGAUAAAGUUAUUCCCAAAGAAGAGAGCAAAAAGAGUUGGCGUGGUCCGUCUUCGACGGGAGUACAAUGCGCAUCUUGCGGGACACGUGUUUUUGCGGCGGAGGGAGUUACUGCUGAUGGCUUGCAUUUGCAUAGGGCUUGUUUUCGAUGCGCUGUUUGCAAGACGGUGCUGAGGCCUGGAAACUACACUAUGGAGCGGUACGGCAGUCGCCUAGUAUGUAUGCGCCACUCGGGCGUUAGCGUUCCGGAUGCCGUAACGGCUACAAGCGUUUUGACACCGUCUUCUCAACCUCAAGCAAUAACUUCUACACCGGAACGAAUUAGUCUAGAACUUUCGGACAGUGGCGCUCGAGAAAUUGAUGAAGAUGAAUGGACUGAUAGGAACUGCCUCGCAUCUGAGACGUCGGGCGCCGGUGGACUAAGUGAGGAGGAGGAAUCGUCGGAGGAGUGGACUGAUGUUGAAAGCGACGAUGAAGCGCAAAUAUCACCGAAACCGGUUCGUGAGUCCGCGCCUAGAUCUGCACACCGGACCAAAUCGGACCUGCUCAUGCUUUACUUCUCCGAUGACUCUUUUGGUUACGAUGACUUCUCCGAUGAUGGUGCGGAGUCAUCCGGCAACGAGUCGUGUUCGCGGAUGCGCGCGGCACGGGAGGCGAGGCGGCGCGAGGUGCCUGUCGACGCGCGGCCGCCCACCGACAGCAGCGAGGUGGAGUCUGAAGAUGAAAUUGAAUCAAGCGAUGAAGAGGUGUCAUCAGCUACAGAAGUAUCCACGGACAGCGAAUUUGCCCGCGAGGAAUGUGCUCCGGCACCUUCCCCGCCUGCAAUUAUGGUCACUGAAGCCCCUCCACCGGCCCCCCCACCCACGCAGGAUUACCCACUCAGUAGAACUCGCUCGGCUGGUGGACUUGCUACUAAACGUGCAUUAGAGUUAAAAAGAAGAUAUUUGCUAGGAGAACCAUCCCCACCAGCUGUGAGAAAAUCAGACUCCACUUCUCAGUUAGACACUAAACUUGAGGCGUUCCGUACCAAUAUAACAGAGUUCCAGAAAAUGCUUCAUCCAGCACCUGCACUCCCAAGCCAGACUCAACCACAGAUGCCUGUUGUUGCUUUGCAGGUCUCGGAGGAAAGUAAAAUAAAACCUAUGCCUGACAUUAUUAAGAACUUAUUCGAAGAUGCGCCUGUUGACUUACUUAUAAAAGUUGAUUCACCGUUAUGUAAGAGUGAGUGGCGAGAACUAAUUAAAGAGGAAAAAAAAGUAUCCGAUUUGGAAACAGAUUCUCUCUCGGACGAUGAUUCUUCCCAUACAGAAACCGCUCCAAACCAGUCAGUACCUAGAGUCGAAGUGCAUGACGAAGGCGGAGAAUUAAUACAAUUAGACAGCUUAAUGCUUAUCAAUAGCAGUACAGAGGAAAAUGACGAAAGAGCUACAGGAACUGCUACACCUAUAGUUCCUACAAUUAUUGCAGUGGAGUCAGAAUCAUCAGAAUCUUGUCGUGAUGCUACAACUCUCGCAUUAACCGAGACAGAACUCUCUGAUUGGGCUGCAGAAAGCGCAGUAUUAGAUGAUUGUGGCCUAGAAGAAAAAGAAGAAAAGAAGAGAAAUAAAAAUCCUAGAACUUUAAGUGGUCCUAAAUCUGUGCAUGAUGCAAAAAAUAUAUCUGCUAUAACUUCACAUGUUUGCGGUCGAACAAGUCCAUUAGAACCUAUUGUGUAUUCAAACGCAUUGGAACAUUUUGAAUUCGUGGAUGAAGGCGACCAAGAUCCAACGAUAGGAACUCCUGUCACACCACGGAACGAAGGUUACGUAGAAUUCGUUGAUGACAAUUUGGGUCCUUAUUGCCCGAGCAAUGAUCGAUCGAAAAAUUUCAUUGAAAGAAGUUUUUCAGAAACUUUGGUAACGCCUACUGGCCUUGAUGUUAGUAGAGACGUAAUGACCAAUGAUUUUUCUGAAGUAAUUGAAUUUAUUGAUAAAGAUGACUCACAAGAAUGUGAGUCGAGUGAGCCAAAGGUAGAAAGCAAUAUAAAAUCACCUCUUGAAUUAAGUGACAAAUCUAGCUGUGAGAAUGCUAUACAAAAUAAAGUUAUGAAUACUGAAAUAGAAGCAGAAGGUUCUUGUAGUAAUAAAGACUUGGACGACAUGAAAAUGAAGUUUGAAUCUAUCAGCUUAUCAGAAAUUUCGCCUCCAUUAGAAGAAAAUGAUUCAAAUACAGAAAAAGCAAAACAUCAAAAUACAGUAUUAAAAGAUAAUAUUAUAGUAGAGGAUGCUCCUUCGCCUUUAGCACAAGAUACAUCACGUUUUCGAGAUUUUAAGUAUACUAGCAAAAAUUCACCUAUAUCAUUGGUCUCUCCUGCUUCUAUAAGACUGUAUUCACCUGCUAUAUGCCGAUCUGCCAGUGAAACGUUUAAAACGUCCAAUUCUCGGUGUACAGAUUCACCGUCACGUAGUGUGGAGCUGCCCGCAAUUAAUUUAAGCUCAUCUAUUAGUCCAACUCCUUUGCGAGAUAUGACUGAUAAAGUACAGGAGAUUAAAAGAGAGAGAGAAGAACAGACCGAAGUGGUUAGGAGGUUGGUUCUAGAGAGGCUAGGGAAUGAACCCCGGCUUGGAAGGAAAUCAACUCGCAAGACGAGGGUUUCACCUGCAGCUAGUGUUCCUCCACCCGUCCCUCCUCCCCCUGUCCUACCGGUACCCUCGCUGCCACCAACACCUCCACCACCUACAUAUUCCUCCCCGCCCCCGAGACCACAGCCCCCUUUAAUUACUUUACCAGUCGCACCAUCAUUCUCGGACCCGGAACUUGCAAGAGAAAGAAGGACAAAAGGUAUAAUGAAGAGCAUUUCAAAUUACUUGAACAGACACCUUGGACCUCGCCACAAGUGGGUCUCGGAGCCGGACCUGACGACGCACGAAAAUCAGGCGGCAGUGCGAUGCAACGUGCACAAGUCUACAGGAGCGCUACAAGAAGCACCACCAGUUCCACCUCCUCCGGCAAGUUAUUCCCCACCCACCGACGCACAUUCGUCGUAUAGAAGGAUACAAAGUCCAGUGGAUGUAGACGAGCGCGACGCUAUGCAGCUAUGGUUCGAGGCCAGGUGGGCGCGACUUGUGGCUCAAAGACGGGCCCGUGAAUCUUCCCGUCAUGAGCUACUUCGUCACGAGUCACUGUGCCAUGAGCCCAGCGCAAGAAGACUCGCGCGACUUGAACGACGACUGAGCAGACCUCUGUCUGCGGAGCAACAAGCAGCCACCGUUGCUGAGUUAGUCCAAGUUUCCGCACAACGGGAUGCUCACCAAGCUCUCAUGGCGGCGGAUAGGAGGCGAAGUGCAGCUGGAGGGGUUGUAGGAGAUUAA